CUCAUCUCACCUCAACUAUACUUUGGAUUGAAUAUAUAGAUCGCCGAACUCAUCACUACUGCCUCAUUUCUCAGUAGAAUAGUUGCAACUCCAUCUCACUCAGCACUCAAGUAUUAAAUGCUCAAGCGCUAAACCACCUCAAAAAUGUAACUAUACCUCACACUGCUGAGCGCUGAGUAACCUGGGAGCCUGAGUGCCAGGCUCAGCCGCCAACCCUCUAUGACUCUGAUUCUGGUGAAUCAGUUGCUAUGUUCUCUCUGUGUUGCAGUGCCCAGUGAUUGCCGCAGUCAAACUCAUAAAAGGUCACUCUGAACACAUUGAUCACUCCAUAUUCACGGCCGCCAAAUGACAAUGCAAGAUCAUGUCGACCUCUCCAUCCUCGGCUCGAAAAUUUUUGGACAACUAUCUGGUGGAGCCAUUCCUACAUGCGCUUUAUUUGGCUUCUACGUUUGCGCACUCGCCAUCUCCGUCUACAUAUGCUUGUACGUCGGCUUUACACGGUGUUCACCAUCACGACUUUGCACUAGCUUCAUGCAUUUACUUACUUACUUUUGUGUCGACUAUCAGAAAGAAAGGGUUUCACAGCAGAUCUCAAAAAAUGCUCUGCGCUUGCAUGAUAUUGCUCUCCCUCUGUAAUGUGUGGCACCUGGGAAUCCAAAUCGAGACAGUGCUCACAAUGGCUACUGCCUUACUAUCCGAACACCAUUCUAAAGAAGGGAAACUUUUAGCUCGAAUGUGUACUGUGCCGCUCAACAUCAACCUAGUCGUAGGAGAUGCAAUUGUCGUUUGGAGGACAUGCAACAUGUGGACGGAACACAAAUCGCUUAGAUACCUUCUGUCUAUGUUGAUGCUGGGUAACCUAGCAACGAACAUCGCUGAUGUGUUGAUCGACAUAACCACCGACGCUGCUAAUCAUGAGAUUGUCAUGGACUAUGUCUCUACCUCCGUCUCUUUUGUGGUCAAUCUACUGUCCACGAUACUUAUUUUCAUAAAAGCCUGUUCGCUGCCCCGCAGGAGUUAUAAUCAAUCUAAUGGAAUGUAUUCAAUCAAUAAUAGUUCGAGGCACACCAGGAUCAGACGGAUUCUUUCGCUUCUCAUGGAAUCAGGAGUAACAUUUUGCUCCAUUCAAGCUGUCUAUGUUUUUGUCCAAAUCCUACUAUAUCAAAACGAAACAUACUCGCUCAGUCUGUGGAAUUUAGCACUAGUCAUGGUGAGAAACGCCGCUGCAGUGCUCUAUCCGCUGGCGGUAUUUAUCGUCAUCAAUUUAGAUCAAUCGCUGUUCAACGACAAAAACUCAGUACCCGAACCCGCUUUCACAACAAUAAUCCAAGGCGAGUCGUUGGAAAGGGACAAUCCUGUAGUAGGAUGAUGCUUUGAAACAAUUCAGAUGAUGAACUUGCUAUUAAUGGUGAGAUGGCCGAGCGGUCUAAGGCGCCAGACUAAGGAGACCAACGUAU